UACGUAAUAGUUAAUGGCGGAUUGGGGUUUCGUGCCAGAGCUGAGUCAGAUCCAAUCGUGCGUUGAAUCCUCGAGGCACGCGGGUUACUCCUCCCCUCCUCCAUCCGGAUCCCUUCCUGAGCUCCUGUUCUGGAUCCCUUCCUGCGCUCCUGUGCAAAGGGAAAAAGUGGUAGAAGUUUCCCCACCUCCUCUGACAAUGCUCUGAAAUCACACCUGCUUUCCUCGCUUCCGGGAAGGGAAGAAAGCAGGGAAGAGAAGAGAGAAGAAUGGCUCUGCCUUUUUCUCAUCGUGCCAAGGAAUGGAGAUUCCCUUUCAUCUUUGUAGCCGUCACCACUCUUGUCACCGUGGCUGCGGUCGCUGCUUUCUUCCUCCUGACCACCAACGGCAACAUCUACGUGGAUCAGACCAUGAUAGUGGUGCGUGAUUCUCAGGCCACAGGAUCUCCGCCGGAUCACCCCGUUGCAGUACCAUCACCGGGAAAAGCGUCUGAGAGGACUUCCUCGAGUAGACCUGUGAUUGCGCCCAAGAGUACUCCUAGAAGCACGCCCAGGAAUACGUCGGAGAAGGCGACAUCUAUGGAGGCGGCAAGGGAGGAAGAAGUGGCACCGGCUGAAGACGAUGGUGGUCUGCAAAUGGACUGGAGAGUUUGUGGUGGGAAAGUAGCUGCGGAUUACAUUCCCUGCCUUGAUAACUACAGAGCCAUCAAGAGACUGAAGUCGAGGCGGCAUAUGGAGCACAGGGAACGGCAUUGCCCGAAUCCGAGUUUGAGGUGCUUGGUUCGUUUGCCGAAGGGUUACCGGGUACCCGUCCCAUGGCCUCGAAGCCGAGAUAUGAUUUGGUAUGAUAAUGUGCCUCACUCAAAGCUUGUUGAUUAUAAGAAGGACCAGAACUGGGUGAAACUCUCUGGUCAGUUCCUCGUCUUCCCUGGAGGUGGAACUCAGUUUAAAGAUGGAGUUGCACACUAUGUUCAGUUUCUAGAAAAGAUUUUAAUAUCAAUCAAAUUUGGGCUGCAUACAAGGGUCGUUAUGGAUGUUGGUUGCGGCGUUGCUAGUUUUGGUGGGUACCUCCUGGACAGGGACGUUCUCACAAUGUCAUUUGCACCAAAAGAUGAACAUGAAGCUCAGAUACAAAUGGCCCUUGAGCGAGGAAUACCUGCUUUUCUAUCGGUAAUCGGGACUCAGAGGCUUACUUUUCCAAGUAAUGUAUAUGAUAUGGUGCAUUGUGCCAGAUGUAGGGUUCACUGGUAUGGAGAUGGUGGAAAGCCCUUGCUGGAGAUCAAUAGGGUUCUCAGGCCUGGAGGUUACUUUGUCUGGUCUGCAGCACCAGUUUAUCGCAAUGAUCCUAGACAUACAAAUCUUUGGAAUGCCAUGGUAACUUUGACAACUUCAAUGUGCUGGAAGAUUGUAGCAAAUAAGUUUGACAAGUCGUCUGGCAUUGGGGUUGUAAUAUAUCAGAAACCCAUUUCGAGUAAUUGUUAUGCAAAGAGAGUUUCAAAUGAUCCUCCAGUAUGCGAUGGCAGCCAAAUUUAUAAUAGUUCAUGGUAUACACCAUUGGAGGGUUGCAUUUUCCCACUACCAUCAUCGAGCUCAGGACCAGGUUAUAGGUGGCCUCAGCCUUGGCCGAGAAGGCUCAAAAGCAGACCUGCUUGGUUAUCUGAGUCCGUAAAUAACCUCCCAAGCUUUGAAGAAGAUACUGAAAGCUGGGGAAGACGUGUAUCAGAUUUCUACUUACAAGGGCUUUCACUCAACUGGUCAAGUGUUCGGAAUAUAAUGGACAUGAAUGCAGGCUACGGAGGAUUUGCCGCAGCACUCAUUGGUGAGCCUGUAUGGGUCAUGAAUGUCGUGCCCGUCAAUGGACCAGACACACUGCCGACCAUUUUCGACAGAGGGUUGAUCGGGAUUUAUCAUGAUUGGUGUGAAUCAUUCAACACGUAUCCACGGACAUACGAUCUUCUUCAUGCAUAUGAUCUAUUCACUAAUCUUCCACAAAGGUGCGACAUGAUCGACAUGGUAGUGGAAAUGGACAGGAUACUAAGACCUGGGGGAUGGGCCUUGAUCAAGGAUUCUGUUCCCAACAUGAAGAAACUGAAAGCCAUUAUGCUUUCUCUUCAUUGGAAAAUUUCUUUUCAGAACAGUGAGUUUCUCGUUGGUAGGAAAAGCGAUUGGCGGCCAACAAGUGUAGAAUUGAACUAGACAAUUCUUUGCAGUUUAUCCACUUUAUUUAUUAAUUUUUUUUUUGGGGUACUAGAACUAUCAUGUAUGUAUGCAUGAUUGUUCCAUGAUCAUCAUGUUCUGUUAGCCAAGAAUAUCCAUGUCUCUGUGCAAAAUGCUUUGAUGUCGACCUCUAGUUGAUUCUCAUUUUACUGCUUUUGAGAGUGCUUGGUUUU